AUGCAUGCAUUCUUCGAUGGAUACAUUCACUCGAAGAGUACUUUGAAAGGCUUCGUUGAACAAUAUGAAAUUUGUAUUGUAGAUAAAAUUCAGAAAGAGCUUCAAGCUGAAUAUUUGACUAAGUGCAAGCCUAUCACUUGUGCGUCGGAGUUUAAGUGGGAAGCACAAUUUGCUAAGGCGUACACCAACAAUAUUAUGAAGCUAUUUCAGACAGAGGUGAAGACAAUCUGGAAUUGCAAUCUCAUUCCGUUGGAGUCUGAUGGUAGUGUGUUUGACAGUUAUGAUAUUACCGAGACACGUACAUUGAGCAUGUAUCCCUCUUCCAUGGAGCUACAUUUCAUUGUUCAGCAUCGGCCCGCUGGGGGCUAUUUUAAGUGCAAUUGCAAGAAAUUCGAGAGCAUGGGUAUUUUAUGUUGUCAUAUAUUGAAGGUUUUGGUAUUCAAAAAUAUUGAUCACGUGAGCGAGAGAUAUAUUUUGUGGCGAUGGAGGAAGGAUGUUUACAGACCGCAUUUUAGCAUCUCUUUUGCAGGUGCAUAUCCACACAUGUCGGAGGAGUAUAAAAAAUUUCAAGAGAUGGAGCGUGAGUUUAUAAAAUGCAGCGAUUUUGCCAUUGAUUCAGUGGAGAAAAUCAAUUUUGUCAAAGAUAGGCUCAAAGAAAUUUAUGGAGACCUUAAGAGCUGGAAUCCUGCCAGCGCAACUACUCUUACAAGGCCAAGUAGUUCUCAAGCAAUAGAAAUUGAUGGAGGUGAUAUUCCUAUUUUAGAUCCGAUUGUUGUCACUCGAAAAGGAAGGCCAAGAACUGCUCGAUAUAAAAAUCCAGCUGAAAAUAGGAAAGGUCGAGGUCGCGGUCGCGGUCGUGGUCGAAGUGGAGGUCAUGGCCCUUCUGAAAGUGGCAUAAUGUAA